GUCGUUACGGCUCAAAUCUCUGGCUUACCUGUCUUUCCGGGCAUCGUGAAUGACCAUGGUUGUUAAAUCUCUAAUUAAAAAAGAAACAGAGAAAAAAAGAAGAAGGUUUCAGGAAGUAACCAUUUUAAACUUUUCCCUUCCUAUCCAUCGCCUUCCCUACAUCCCAUCGAUCCCCAGCUUCCCAUUUCAAUAUCUCAAACCAGCUUCUUGAUUCAUCUCCCUGCAGCCACCGAAUAAACUAAACCUAAAAAGGUUCAACUUUCUUGUAAAAGGGUAUAUAUACGCAUCUAACCAUGAGCCUCAAUUGUCUAACCUGCCAAGACCUGCAAAGGAGUGAUUCUGAGAGGGAGAAUUUGCAAGUUAAACCGCAUAAAAAUAAUAAAUUAUGUUGCAUUAAGAUGGAAAGAAGCUGGUCAGGAAAAUUGAGUCCGCCAUCUUAUGGGCACGCGGGGAGAAAUUCUAAUGUGUUUUCUGCAAGAAGGGUGAUCAAGAAAGAGCCUCGCCGCUUAAACAUCACAGGAGGCGUUACAUUCAAGGGAUGUGACGAGCCAAAGUUGGUGAGGAGCUCUGGAAUGAGAAGGGAUUGGAGCUUUGAGGAUUUAAGAAAAGCAUGCAACGGAAAUUAUUAACAUAUAUGCGUUCUAAUUAUCAACCCCACCCUCAUACAUUUUUUCAAUCUUUUUUGUGAGUUUUGUUUCCCUAUUCCCGUCUUCUUAAUUAAUACUUAUUGUAUUGAUUUUCUUUUUGCUUGAAAUCGUUGUAUCUAAUGAAUGUAGUAGGUACCUGCCAUGUUCACAUCUU